GAGAAAAUUACCAUUUAGUGGUGGUGGUGGCAUUGAAAGCUAUAAUAAUAAUAGGAGACAAAAUAAAAGGAAAUCAUCAUCAUUGGAAAGUCAAGAUCAACAACAAUCUGAGAGUUAUAAAGUGAUAAAAACUGCACCACCUAAAAAAUUAAAGACUUCGGAAGUGUCGGAAGAAAAGUAUUUAAGAAUUCAAAAGGAAAAAACUUUAUUACCAAUUUAUGAAGCCAAAUCAUCUUUAGUUGAUGAAAUUAGGAAGAAUAAAACUCUAGUUGUUGUCGGUGAGACAGGUUCAGGAAAGACAACUCAAAUUCCUCAAUAUAUUUAUGAAAGUGGAAUUUGUGGAGAGGGAUGUGUUGCAAUUACCCAACCUAGAAGAGUUGCUGCAAUCUCAAUUGCUAGACGUGUCUCUGAGGAAAUGAAUGUUAAAUUGGGAGAGGAAGUUGGUUACACGAUUCGUUUUGAGGAUGUUUCUAAUCCACAUAAAACUAAAGUUAAAUAUUUAACAGACGGUAUGCUCUUGAGAGAAUCACAAAUUGAUCCAUUACUCAAAAAAUACUCUGUAAUUGUAUUGGACGAAGCUCACGAAAGAACUUUACACACAGAUGUUCUUUUCGGAGUUGUUAAAAGAUUACUGAAAGAAAGAGAUGAUUUGAAAGUAAUAAUCAUGAGUGCCACUUUGGAAGCUCAAUCAUUUUCUAAAUUUUAUGACAAUGCAAAGAUUUUAUACGUUUCUGGUAGACAAUUUCCUGUAGAUAUUUACUAUACUGAACAACCAACAUCUGACUAUGUCGAUGCUGCAAUUACAACAACUUUCCAAAUCCAUUUAGACGAGCAAUCUCCAACAGGAGAAUCAUUAGGUGAUAUUCUGGUAUUCUUGACAGGUCAGGAAGAAAUUGAACAAGUUGCCAAGUUACUGGAACAAAAAGCUAAAAUGUUACCUCCUGAAGCCCUUAAGUUAAUGGUUUGCCCAAUCUUUUCAUCUUUACCUUCAGAGAAACAAAUGGAAGUAUUCGAGCCAGCACCUUCAGGAUGUAGAAAAGUUAUUUUGGCAACCAAUAUUGCCGAAACAUCUAUUACUAUUAAUGGUAUUAGAUUUGUUAUUGAUACAGGUUUUGUGAAAUCAAAGGCUUUCAAUCCUUUGAAUGGAAUGGAAUCUCUGGUGUUAACACCAAUUUCUAAGGCCUCAGCUAGACAAAGAUCUGGUAGAGCUGGUAGAGAGUCGAGUGGUAAAUGUUUCAGAUUAUACACCGAGGAAGCAUAUCACAGCUUGGAUAAUUUUACAAUUCCAGAAAUUUUGAGAUGCAAUCUUUCCACUGUUGUGCUUCAACUUAAAUCUAUGGGUAUUGAAAAGGUUCACAAGUUUGAUUUUAUGGAUAAGCCACCAAAGGAAUCUCUCAAAAAAUCCCUUGAAACACUUUAUAAUUUGGGUGCUCUUGAUGAAAGAGGUAAUCUUACUGAACUAGGUGUAAAAAUGGCUGGAUUCCCUCUUGAACCAAUGUUUGCUGUUUCGUUAUUGAGAUCAACAGAAUUUGGAUGUACAAAGGAAAUUUUGGAUAUUGUUUCAAUGCUUUCUGUAGAAUCUAUUUUCUAUGCGCCUUAUCAUAAGAGAGAGGAAGCAAACAAAAUCAAGAUGAAAUUUGCCUCUAAAACAGGUGAUCAACUCACACUUUUGAACGCUUUCAGAGAAUUCAAUUUGGUAAAAAAGAGUGCCAAGGAAGAUAUUAAGAAGUGGUGUUUCGACCACUACAUCAAUUACAAAUCCAUGACAAAAGUAUUGGAUGUCAGAAAACAAUUGAGAGACUAUUUAAUGAACCUAAAUUAUGAAAUUUCCUCAUGUGGAAAAGAUUUGGCAAUGGUUAGAAAAGCAUUAUGCUCUGGAUUUUUCAUAAAUGUUGCUGUUAGAGUUCCAAACAAGAGAAUGUACAAAACAGUGACAGAUAAUAUUGAGGUCAGAGUCCAUCCAUCCAGUGUUUUGGUAGACCCAUUCCCAGAUUGUGUAUUGUACAAUCAAAUGAUUUUAACAACUAAGCAAUAUAUUAGAGAUAUUUGUUCAAUUGAAGGAGAAUGGUUGAAAGAUGUAGUUCCACCUCAAUAUAGAAAUGCUCUUUGGACUCAAACUGCUAACAUGUUAAAAGAAACUCAAGAAGCCAAACAAACAGUUGAAGAAAAAACAAACAAAAACACCAAGAAGCAAGCCUAUGUCGUUAAACACACUCCAUAAAAUUUUCAAGUUGACUGAU